UCUGUACAGCUGGGUGAUCAUGUUUAUGUUUAUAUCAGCUGUUUUUAGUGUUUACUUGGUUUAUCAUGCGACAAAGACAGCGAGGAGGUGCACUCUCAGAAUGUAUUAAGUGUAAUUUACAUGUGAUGUAUAUAAUUACCCGGUACUCUAUACUUGUUUUAGGAUUAUUUAAAAAUUCAAAUUAGAAUUUGACUUAUUCAUUCGACGCCCCGCGCCUUUGAAAGAAAAAUCUUGGAUCACAGUGCUCUGGAAGGAUUUGUACUGUUUUCAGCUAGUUACUUUGAGAAAUACGUACUGAAUUUUCCAGAAGUAUUUUCUUUUAUUGCGUAAUAAGAAUAGCCAGAAAAGUUGUAUGUCGGUAUAAAUUAUAUGUUUCGACUUUCACUAUUGUUGCUCCCAGCCAAAGCCUUAAUUUAUACGUAUCUAACCCUGACCGUUGGCAAAGGGAUAAUUACAUGAUAUUUUGAAACUUAGUAUACGUAUGAAAGUUCAAGUCCAAGACACUCGGGUAUGAUUGCAAAAAGUCAUUAUUAGUUAGUCCUCUUCGUUAUUUUCUCGUUGAUUUAUAGUUUUCAUCAGGUCAAAAUUCAGAACAUAUUUCAGAACAUUGAUAAAGAAAGCUUGUAUGAAAGAUCCUGUCAUUGAAUGAUGAAUUAAAUACUCUUUUUAUAGCCAUAAUUAUUUUGGAGAACAAAUGCAUACAGCAUUUUAUGUGUUCUAGUACCCACAUACGGACAUGUCGUCUCCACAACCAGUGAUAUUUCUCUCUCAUGGCGGAGGGCCUUCUUUCUUCCUUUCAGCAAAAGAAAUGCCAUUAUUGAAGGGUCUAGACAAGGAUUCAAAAGGAGCCGAGUUUUUAAGAACUUUAACAAAAACCCAGGACCUGAGACGCCCGGACUGUUUGGUGGUCCUAAGCGCCCACUGGGAGGAGUCGAUCUGUACAGUUAACGCCGGGAGUCCACACACUUUGUACUACGACUACGGGGGAUUCCCUCCCGAAACGUAUAAAAUACAGUGGCCUGCUCCGGGGGCACCUGCAAUUGCACAAAAAGUAGGAAAACUCCUCAAAGAUGCUGGGAUAAAGUGUGCAGAAGAAACAAAGAGAGGCCUGGAUCACGGGGUGUUUGUUCCACUUAAACUGGUCUUCCCUGAGGCGAAUAUUCCAGUUGUACAAGUUUCUUUGUUAAAAAACGAAAGGAUGAGUGACCAUUUAAGGAUCGCAGAAGCAUUAUCUCCACUUAGACAUAAUAAUAUUCUUAUCAUCGGGAGCGGCUUUGCUACACAUGCCAUAGGACAUAGUAUUGAACCAGAAAAAUGGGCUCAAUGA